ACGGGCGCCCAAGAUGUCUCUGCAAGAGCGUCUCGACAAGAUCCGCUCCUCGCCCAAGUUGCAAAACCAGCAACAAACGGCCGUGGUACUGAGCGCAAUCGAAGAUACGCUUCGAACUUCAGACAGCGAGCCUACGCCGACUGGUUAUUUCGCCGCACUGUUGAGUCUGCUGAAACAGUACAUCUCGACCGAGAAGGGAAUCGUCAACAAGGAAGUCGCUUAUGCGGUCAUCUACCUGCUGGAUCUCGUGACGAGCCAUGUACCAGCGCCGCUGCUACGCUCGAAGUUCUCGCAGAUACUGGCUAGCCUUGCGCCGGCUUUGACACUCUCGGAUGCUGAGGCACCUUUACUAAGAGCGAGCAUUGGCUGCCUAGAGUCUCUGCUGGUCGCUCAAGAUGCGCAGGCAUGGGCGCUUCCGCAGUCGCAGAGCAGUCCAAGAGGUGCGGUUGGCGGGUUGUUGGCCCUGGCUAUGGACCCUCGACCGAAGGUUCGCAAGAGGGCGCACGAAGCUUUGGACAGAGUCCUAAGGAAUCCCCCUCCGAGCCCUUCACUCGACCAUCCAGCCGCGGAUAUGUGCGCCGAGACUGCACUUCGAAACCUGCAGGUUGCGGCGGAUGAGGCGAGCACCAAGAAGCGGAAGCACAGGCACAAGGACGACCAACAGCAUGAGCCGGGUCUGAUGCAUGCACUGCAACUUGUGAAAGCAAUAGCGGCUGCGGAGAACGGGUGGCCAAGCAAAAAGAUUGAUGCUCUAUGCGAGCUGCUGCUCAAUAUCUCACGAGGCAGUAACGAGUUCUUGACCAUGGCCGCAUUUGAGGUGUUUGAGAUCAUCUUCGCCGGUUUAGCGGAUGAGGUGUCGUCUGCCAAACUUCCUCGGGUGCUGGCUGCGAUUACAGAGCUCCAACCGUCGCAAAAUGACUCGCAGCUGCUUCCGCCAUGGAUCGCCGUGCUCAGUCGUGGCCACGACGUCUCUGCGCAAGUGGAGCCGCAAGAGACGUUUGAGAAGUUGCCCGACCUGUUCGUGUUGAUCUCCUCUUUCCUCGCUUCUUCUUCACACAAUAUUCGCAUAUCGGCGUCAGAAUGCCUGAUCUCCUUGCUGCACACCUGCGUUCCAGACUCGGUGCUCCUCGACCCAUCCGUCAUGGACGACAAAGUACUAGAAAGGAUCGGCAAGACUCUGCGCGACUUGUUGAGCGUCAAGUAUCAGACCGCUUGGAUCGAGGUCUUUAACGUCCAAACUGCAGCCUUUGAAGUACUACGCUGGCGCUCCUCUCCGCUGCUGGAUGGGAUCGUGCAAGCUGUGGGCGAUCUCCGUAGCAAUGAUGCAUUCGCAGGCAAGCUGGAAGCGGACGCUGUGCUUUCGGCAGCCAUUCGUGCGAUGGGUCCGGACAACGUUCUAUCCAUCCUGCCGCUGAAUCUCGACAGAUCGGUAAACUCCCAGCCAGGCCGAGCGUGGCUACUGCCCCUAGUGCGUGACGCCACCAGCAAUGCACGCCUUGCGCACUUCCGCUCGGAGCUAGUGCCGCUCAGCGAGACGAUGUUUCAACGAGUCCUCAACCAUGGCAGCGCGGAGAAGACGAUGGAGAUCAAGAUAUUCGAGACGGUGGUGGCGCAGAUAUGGGCUUGUCUGCCUGGAUACUGCGAACUGCCGCUUGAUCUUCGCAACAGCUUCGAUCAGGAUUUCGCAGAGAUGCUGAGCAACUUGCUGUAUCAGCAGCCGCAACUGCGGACGGACGUGUGCAAAGGUUUGCAAAGCCUUGUAGACACGAACAAAGCUAUUGCCGAGCUUGAAGACGACCAUGACAAUCUUAUAAAGCAGGGCAGGAUCACGAAGGCGGAGGCUAAAUUGAACAUACAGCAUCUCGCAGGCUUUGCGGGCAAUCUACUCGCUGUAUUGUUCAACGUCUACAGCCAGACGCUUCCGCACAACCGGGGUAACCUACUGCAAUGCAUCAAUGCUUACCUCAGCAUCACGCCCGAGAAGGAAUUGUUGGAGACUUUUGAGCGCGUGGCGACGAUGCUAGAAGGUUCACUUACCGAAAGCACCACUGACGGAUCCGCCGACAAGAAACAGCAGCCUUCGAGCGAAGAGGCAAAGAGCAAGAUGCCGCCGAUGUCGCAUACACUGAUGGACCUUGUUAUCACCAUGUCUAUCUACCUCCCCCGCCAAAGCUUCGCUGGCUUGUUCAAUAUGGCUGCAAACAUUGUUAACAAACAGGACGACGCUCAGCUGCAGAAGAAGGCAUAUAAGCUCAUCCCACGCCUUGCCGAGUCGGAGAUCGGCAAGCAGGCACUCGGAGAGCGUAGUGUCGAGCUCCAGCAGCUUGUUCUCACCGCAGCUGAUAAAGCCUUAGCGCCUGCAAGACGAGACAGACUGGCAAGUAUCGCACAAGUAGUGCCUUUCUUACCAAAGGACGACCUGCAUUUCAUACCUGCUGUCUUGUCGGAAGUUGUCAUCAGUGCCAAAGAAGUCAACGAAAAGGCCCGGACGGCUGCCUUCGACCUUUUGGUCCUGAUGGGUGAGAAGAUGAGCGAAGGCGGCACAGUGGUGAACGCGAAAGUUCCCAAUAUGCCCGCGGACGCCCCACCAGCACAAGCGAGCCUCGAAGAGUACUUCACGAUGGUAUCUGCCGGCCUAGCAGGUUCGACUCCACACAUGAUCUCCGCUUCCAUCACAGCGCUCACGCGGCUGUUGUAUGAAUUUCGCAGUAAGCUGAAGCCCGAGACCGUGAGCGAUCUGGUGCAGACGAUGGAUCUGUUCCUGACAAGCAAAAAUCGUGAAAUCGUGCGUAGUGUGCUCGGCUUUGUCAAGGUUUGCAUUAUCAGCCUGCCGACUGAGCUUGUGGUUCAGAGACUGCCGACACUGAUCCCCAAUCUGCUUGUGUGGAGUCACGAACACAAAGCACAUUUCAAGGCGAAGGUGAAGCAUAUUUUCGAGCGUAUGAUUAGGCGGUUUGGUAUUGAGGUUGUGGAGAAGUAUACUCCUGAAGCGGAUCGGAAGCUGAUCAGUAAUAUCCGGAAGAGCCGUGAUCGGAAGAAGAAGAGAAAGGACGGUGCGGGAGAGGAGGACGACGAUGACGACGUAUCUGGAAGGAGGAAGGGCAGGUUCGAGAGUGAGUACGAUCAAGCGGUGUACGGCUCCGAUGAGGAAGAGGGAGCGGAAAGCGAGGACAUCUCCGAUGACGAGGUGUUGGGACGGGCUGCAGAGAAGGGCAAGAAAGCUGGUCAGAAGGGCGGGCGGCAGUACAUUGUCGAAGAAGAGGAUGAGCCGCUGGACCUAUUGGAUCGGAGAGCGCUGGGGCAUGUGUCGUCCACUAAGCCUACGAAGCCACGAAUGGCGAACGGAGUGAAGAGGAAGGCGGACGUGGACUUGGACGGCAAGCUUGUCUUCAACGAGGAAGCAUCCGAUGACGAUGUUAUGGAGUUUGAGGACAAGGGCAUGCUGAAUGGUAGUGAGCCUGGCGAUGGUUCGCUAGAAGGCGGGAUCAAUGCGUAUGUUGCCGCGUUGAAGGGAAAAGAUGCGCCGAGGCGAGGCGAAAAGGGCAAGCUGAAGUUUAGUAAUAAGCGUGAUGCUGAUGGUGGCGGCGAUGAGGAAAUGGACGUGGAUGAGCAGGAAGUGGCGGCUGCGGUCAGGGCGCAUGCUAAACCGCGAGCGGAUCGUGGUGGGAGGGGUGGAGGGAAGCAGAGGCCCAUGCGCCGCGGUUUGGGUGCGGAGAAGAUGAGUGGCGGUCAAGGUGGCGGCGGAGGUGGGAUUAGGAAGGCGAGAGGGAAGCCUGGCGCUUUCAGGCACGGGUUGCAGAGUCGGAGAGGGAAGGGCACGAAGCGGUAG